CUGAUACGUGGCUUCCUCUUCAUCGCCGAAACUGCUCGCCGGCGAAGUUUCCAGGAACUGUCGGAAAGGUGUGCAGUAUACAGCAGAAUUUGUUUGAACAGUAGAAGCAGGAGAGAACUGGAAGCAAGUUGUCCUGCAUAAACUGAAAACGCCUCUUUCAUUUCACCAAACCUCCAACCAAUGGCCGCCGUUCCUCAUCUAAGCCCAGCAAGUUCUCCAACACUGUCCAAACGCCGUCGAAAUCACAGCUCCCGGCGUCUCUCCAUCCUGUCCGCAUCCCCAAACAACGAUCUUCGCGUGAACGCCAUCAAUGGUUUUCCCUCCGAUCACCAUUCCCUCUCCCUCCGCGUCGCUUUCCAGGGUUCCCAUGGCGCCUACAGCGAGUUCGCCGCCAAGACAGCGAUCCCUAAUUGCACCACCCUCCCCUGCCCCACUUUCUCCGACGCAAUCUCCGCCGUCGAAAACGGCGCCGCCGAUCGUGCCGUCCUCCCCGUCGAGAGCACCAUGGAAGGCACAGCCCUCCGUAACUACGACCAUCUCCUCCGUCGCGACCUUCGGAUAGCACAGGAGAUCAGCCUCUUCGUUCACUACUGCCUCCUCGCGAUGCCCGGCGUCCGUACCACCGAGCUCCGCCGCGUGAUCAGCCAUCCGAUGGCUCUCGCACACUGCGGCCGCGCUCUUUCUCAACUCGGUCUCCUUCGCGAGCCCGUCGAAGACACCGCCGGCGCGGUCCAGAUGCUCAGAUCUCGUCGUCUCUUAGACACCGCCGCCAUCGCUAGCCCUCGCGCCGCCGUCCUCUACGGCCUUGAUGUUCUCGCCGACGGUCUCCAGGAUGCUUCAUGGAACGUCACCCGCUUCCUUCUGCUGUCGAAGCCUCUGGCUGCUGCUGCGCCGGUCGCAGGGAAGGCGAAGACCAGCAUGGUGAUCGCGCAUCGCGGGGGGUCGAUGAUGGUGCUACUAAAGGUACUUUCUGCAUUUUCUUCUCGGAACAUAAACCUGGCGAAGCUGGAGGUGAAUAACCCUUCGAUUGAGGGGCAGGGGCCUGUGAUGGUGAUGGAUGUGAGAGGCAUGGGUACUCUGCGUGCUUUUCCUCAUGUUAUCUAUGUGGAUUUUGAGGGUUCGACGGAGGAUUCAAGGGUUCGGGAAGCGAUUGAGGAGAUAGAAGGUUUCUCUGUUUUCGUUCGAAUUCUUGGUUGCUAUGCAGCUGAUUCUAAUGUAUACGAUCUCCAUUAGUAGCUCUAAAAUGCUUGUUAUUUAUCUUAAUUAUCAUUAGCUCUGCGCGAGCUCCAUUUACUGCGAUGUUCAUGGCUACA